AUAUUAUGACUGGUGCCGGUGCGGCUCAGAACCGACGGCCUCCGCGUCUCAAUCACAAAAAGUCUCGCGCCGGAUGUCAGAGGUGUAAGGCACGUCGAGUUAAGGUGAAGCCUGCUUGCGGAGGAUGCAACCGCCAUCAUGUGCCCUGCGUCUAUCUCAAAAGUGAAGUCUCCAAAGCUGCCAGUGCUGAGACUUCGCUGUCGCCUCAUGCAAUAAUAUCCCCAGACCAAUCUCACUCAAAAAUCCCUAUCAGCCAGGUCCUGACUCCGCCAACCAUCAACGACCCAAUCACAUCUGAUGAUAUCUUGGAUCUUCCCGAGUCGCGCCAGCGCNNUCGCAUGCUCGAGUUGCGCCUAUGGCACAAUUAUGUGACCGUUGUGUCUAUACCCUUUCACGCUGACUCUCCUAAAACCGUUCUGAUUGAGAUCUGGAAUAACCAUCUGCCUCACAUUGCAAUGCGCCACGACAAUCUCCUGUACACUAUCUAUGCCAUCAGCGCAACUAGACUCCUGCGCGAUUCCCCAGACGACGUUGAACUGCUUACUGCUCAAAGAGUCUAUCUCAGUCUAGCUCUUCGCGAGCAGCGCAAAGCAGUCAUUCAGUUCUACACCCAGGCCGAGGAAGCUGAUUCUCUCUGCUUCACGUCCAUCAUGAUGACCAUGAACGCUUUCGGUUCUCUGCAAGAACGCAACCGAAACCCUUACAAGCCACCUACCGAUAUGCUGCGCUUAGGCAUGGGCGCAUGUGCCGUCUACGAAGAGGCUUUGAAGGGCGCCCGCAAGUUUCCUUCUUCCAAGAUUGUCACCUUCAUCGAGAACCAGCCCUUCUUCGUGAGUAUACCUAUGAUGUUUGACGAAGAGCAUCGAGGCCCCUUCCUCGGCAUUCUGGGGCCUAAGAACGCUCAGGGUGUCUACGAAGACUCUGAGCUCUGGAACCCCGAGGUCAGGNNGGAAGCUUACGAGUGUACGUUGAGUUACAUUGGCACCAUGUACACAGCCGUCGUGGAUGGCGAAACGCUGCACCAAAUCUGCACGCGGAUUGCUGCAUUUGCGCUCUAUGUGCCCAAAAAGUUCGUGGACAUGCUCGAAGAAUUACGUCCAAGGGCUCUCGUCAUGUUGGCGCAUUUCUUCUCAAUCGCCACCAAGGGCAGUGCUCAUUGGUGGGUUGGUCAAACACCCAUGAGAGAGGUUCAAGGACUGAGGAGGAUUGUGCCUCAGGAAUGGCAACGACAUAUGCGAUGGCCAUUGGUCAUGUCCGGACUGGAGCCUGUC